GUUAAACAGGGUAAAAAAAAAAAUAUUACACACUCUAUUCCAAAGUCUCUCUUCUAGUCCUGAUUUUAAUUUAAUUUAAACAUCUCUGCUGUUGAAGGACCCAGAUUUAAGUCCUGGCUUUGACACUGAAUACUUGGGUAAUUUUAGCUUGUCGCAGAAGGUUUUUAGAUCUGAUCUUCCUCACCUGCAAAGGAAGGAAGUGAAAGCAGAGGCUUCCAAGGUCCCUGUCAGCUCUAGGACCCAGCAGUACUUAUUCCUGAAUUCUCCAAUGGCAAAUCAGUAUCCCUAGGACUCUCUGGGGUCCAAAACCCCAGGCCUGUUCUUCAUUCUGCUCCUGACUCACUCCAUCCUCGGCAAGCACCUUCUCUGUGGGGCUCGGUUUCCCCUUGGCUUGUUGGGGAGGUAGGACUAGCCGUGUGUAGGAUGCCUUCCGGCUCUGAUGUUCUGUGGCUCUCUGUGAGGUCAGCUUCCUCUCAGACAUGCUCCCCCACCCCCUGCAAACUUUCUGUAAGUCAAAGCUUUAAGGCAGGAAGCCAAGUAUCUGUAAGGGGGAAGGGGGAGUCCAGUCAGAGGCUAAAAGAAAACAGCUCAUAGAACUGGGGGGGUUUCUUCAUGCUCAAUGAGGGGGAACCCAACAAGUAAUUCCCAGCUUCCUUCUCCAUAGGAAUCGAGUCCUUCGGGGAAUCUUCAGCCAGGUUGUGAGGUUCAUGGGGAUGAGGACUGUGUGUCCUGGUUAGACUGGCAGCCCUAGCAGAGGACCUCCUGUGGCGGAGCAGCCCCUUCCCCUGUUCAACUGGAGCAUGUUCCACCUUGUCUGUGGAGAGAAAGCUUGAGGCUGUCAUGGCACCUCUGGGUGAGGAGACCCCCCUGAUUGAACAGCGGUCCUACAGCCUGUCCUCCAGUGAGUCUGGCUCUCUGCAAGUGUUCCUGUGUCCCCAGAGCUCAGGGUCCCCACAGAUCCUCACCUUCUCCUUUGGGGAAUACUCUGCCGAAGAACUCUGCGUGAAGGCUGCCAAGGCCUGUGGGAUCCUGCCUGUAUGCCAUGCUCUGUUUGCUCUGGCCACGGAAGAUCUGUCCUGCUGGUUCCCACCCAACCACGUCUUCACAGUGGAGGAUUCUACCAUCCAAGUGCUCCUUUACAGGAUCCGCUUUUUCUUUCCCAACUGGUUUGGCCUGGAGAAGUGUUACCGUUUUGGACUGCAGAAGGACAGAGCCAAUGCUAUUCUGGACCUCCCAGUCCUUAAGUAUCUUUUUGCUCAGUCCCGAAGUGACUUCAUUAAUGGGAGGAUGAAUCUGACGCUGAAUCUAAAGGAGCAGGGAGAGUGUCUGAGCUUGGCAGUGUUGGACCUGACUCGCAUGGCACAGGAGCAGGGCAUACGCCCCAAGGAGAUCCUCAGGAGAAUCAGCUAUAAGACCUGUAUCCCAGGAAGCUUCAGACGUUUGAUCCAGAGCCUCAGCUUCAUGACUCGAAAACGUUAUCGUCAGAUGGUUUCCCGAGCCCUGCAGAGCGUGGCUUCCUGCCAGGCAGAUGUGUACUCCAUCAUGCUUAAAUACCUCAUGGACCUGGAGAGGCUGAAACCCACCCGGAAUCUGGAGACCUUCACGGGUCGGGCACCAGGGGCUACAUCUGGCCAGGACCCCCGCUGUCUCAUCCAUGUGGCUGGGGACAGCGGUAUCUCCUGGACCCCUGCGGGCAGUGAGAGCCCCCAGCCUUUCUGCGAUUUCCCUGAAAUUGUUGAUAUCGGCAUCAAGCAGGCCUGCAGGGACGGUCAUCUCAGUGAGAACCGGCUGGUCACUGUUACCAAGACUGACAACAGGAUCCUGGAGGUUGAAUUUCCAACACUAAGGGAAGCGCUGUCCUUUAUCUCUCUGGUUGAUGGCUACUACCGACUCACCACCGAUGCCCACCACUACUUCUGCAAAGAGGUGGCCCCUCCCCAGCUCUUGGAGAACAUUGAAAACCAAUGCCAUGGUCCCAUCAAGUCAGAGUUUGCUGUGAACAAACUGAAGAUGGGGGGGUCUGUUCCAGGGUCCUAUGUCCUUCGGCAAAGCCCACAGGACUUUGACAGCUUCCUCCUCACUGUCUGUAUCCAGACGCCCCUGGGCCCAGACUACAAGGGCUGCCUGAUCCAUCGGGAUCUGUCAGGGAACCUCUUCUUGUCUGGGCUGAGCCAGCCCCACAGCAGCCUGCGUCAGCUCCUGGAGUCCUCCUGGAGCUGUGGGCUCCUUGUAGAUGGGACUGCUCUGAGCCUCAGCUGCUGCUACCCUCCCAGGCCCAAAGAAAAGUCCAACCUGAUCAUAGUAAGGAGGGACUGCAACCAGUUGCCCCCAUCCCCAGCCCUAGCUGCAGCCCAAGCCUGGCCCCACCCCCAGCGCCAACUCAGCCAAAUGAUGUUCCACAAAAUCCCCCCUGACAGCUUGGAGUGGCAUGAGAACCUGGGCCACGGCUCCUUCACCAAGAUAUACCGUGGGAGCCGCCUGGACAAUGUGGAUGGAGAGACCCACAAGAUAGAGGUUCUGCUCAAAGUUAUGGACAGCACACACCAGAACUGCAUCGAGUCCUUCCUGGAGGCUGCCAGUGUCAUGAGCCAAGUGUCCCACCAGCAUCUGGUGCUGCUGCAUGGUGUCUGCAUGGCGGGAGACAGUAUCAUGGUGCAGGAGUUUGUGAGGUGGGGGGCACUGGAUACCCAUUUACGGAAGUGCGGCCCUCUGGUCCCUGCCAGCUGGAAGCUCCAAGUGGCCAAGCAACUUUCUUAUGCCCUCAACUAUCUGGAAGACAAAGGCAUCAUCCAUGGCAAUAUCUCCUCCAAGAAGGUCCUCCUAGCGAGAGAGGGGGCCGGGGGAAGCCCCCCCUUCAUCAAACUCAGUGAUCCUGGAGUCAGUCCCACCGUGCUGACCAAAGAGAUGCUCACUGACCGGAUCCCCUGGGUGGCCCCUGAGUGUCUAUGGGAUGCCAAGCUGCUGAGCCUGGAGUCUGACAAAUGGAGCUUUGGGGCAACACUCUGGGAGAUAUUCAGUGGGGGCACCAUGCCCCUAAGUACCCUGGAGCCUGCCAAGAAACUCCAGUUCUACAAAGAGAAACAGCAGCUGCCGGCCCUAAAAUGGACAGAGCUGGCCACCCUGAUUGGCCAGUGCAUGGAGUACACCCCCCACUUGCGGCCCUCCUUCCGAGCUAUCAUCCGGGAUCUCAAUAGCCUCAUCACCUCAGAUUAUGAGCUCCUCUCAGAUCUCUCACCCAGUGCAGUGGCGGCUCGGGAUGGACUCUGGAGCAGUACUCACCUGAUGGCUGGUCAGGACCCCACCCUCUUUGAGGAGAGACACCUUAAAUAUAUCUCCCUGCUGGGCAAGGGAAAUUUUGGCAGUGUGGAAUUGUGCCGCUAUGACCCACUGGGAGAUAACACUGGAGCAUUAGUGGCCGUCAAGCAGCUACAGAAUAGUGGUCCCCAGCAGCUGCGAGACUUCCAACGGGAGGUGCAGAUUCUGAAAGCUUUACACAGUGACUUCAUAGUCAAAUACCGAGGCGUAUGCUAUGGUCCAGGCCGACAGAGUCUGCGACUCGUUAUGGAAUACCUCCCCAAUGGCUGCCUCCGGGAUUACCUGCAGCGUCACCGGGCCCACCUAGACCCCUGUUUCCUCCUUCUCUAUGCUUCCCAGAUUUGCAAGGGGAUGGAGUACCUGGGAUCUCAGCGAUAUGUUCACAGGGAUUUAGCCAACAGGAAUAUCUUGGUGGAGAGUGAGAGCCACGUAAAGAUCGGAGACUUUGGUCUAGCCAAACUUCUUCCCCAGGACAAAGAAUACUACGUGGUCAGAGAGCCUGGCCAGAGCCCCAUCUUCUGGUAUGCCCCAGAGUCCUUAUCAGACAACAUUUUCUCCAGGGAGUCGGAUGUGUGGAGUUUUGGUGUGGUCCUCUAUGAGCUUUAUACGUAUAGUGACAAAAUCCACAGCCCUUCAGAGGAGUUUUUCCGAAUGAUGGCUUGUGACCGUUCUAUGCCCAUCCUGUGCCACCUCCUGGAUCUGCUCACAGAGGGCAAGAGGCUGCCCACUCCUCCUGGCUGCCCAGGAGAGGUUAGAGAGAUCAUGAGGAACUGCUGGGCUUACAACCCCAAGGACCGGCCCUCCUUCUGUGCCCUGGGCCCCCGACUUGAUGCUUUGUGGGCUGGGCGAAGAGGGUAGCAUCUGGUGGAGGGAGCAUUAGGGAAAAAUCCUUCAUUUAGGAAUUGUAGGGCCUGGGUUCAAAUCCUGUUUUUGCUAUAGAUUUAACAUAUUUUGAGCAAGUCUUUUCCCAUUCUCUUAAACUCAAUUUCUUCACUGGUCAGGUUGACCCUAGAAAUUUUUAUCUUGAAGUUAAAUAAUCUUAAGAAGAGAAAGAUUUCUUCCCUCUUUCCCUUUCACCUUGCUGAAGGGAAAGACUGAUUGUUUCAAACUCCCAAAUGACAAAAAAGGGGACAAGGGAACCUAAGAUGGACCACAGAAGCUCAGCACAUGUGGUUCCUUGUUGGGGAAAUUCCACUCUCUAAUGGAUCUGAAAGGAGACAAGAGGGGAUCCCUGUUUGGGUAGUAUCUGGGUCCCACCCUACCCCACCUACUUUCUAACAGGGCAUUGCCACUCCCAAGCUCAGUUUCCUGAAAUAGCUUUGUCACUUUGGAGACUAAAAUAAAAUUUAAGGAGAAGACAGAAUUGCUGAAUUGCAGAGGGUGGGUCUGCUUUUGAAACGUUCCUAUUCUGCCCACAUGGGUCUGGGUCAUUAGCCCUCCUCAUUUACUUGUGCUAACCUCUUGUUGAUUGGCUACCACAUGUCCCCAGAGAAUUUUCCCACCAGUCCUGCUUGCCUUAAAUAUGUCUAACAUCCUCCAGGCCCCUCAAUUCGCUAAAUGACAUUCCAGUCACAAGGGUGGAUCUUUGUAGCUUGUUCAGUAUUCAAACUGUUUCAAAGAGAGGUGGUGAACUCCCUGUUGAUGCAGGUGUCUUAAGUGGUUGACAGACAGAUGAUGAUGAUGUGUCAGCUGUUUUAGAGGCAAUUCUUCCUCUACAGGUUGGAUUAAGUGAUCUCUAAAAUGUCUCUGAGAUUUUGUAAGAUUGAUAAACAGUUACACAAAGUUUACGGAAGUAUUCUUUUCUUUUUAUGGGUGUAUCCUAUUUUUAAUAAAGCUUUUUA